AAUGAAGCGGCGACCCCUGACUCUAGCUUCUGCUGGAGCCGAUAACAUGAAGAUGGACUUCUCCCAGUCAGAGGUGCAAAAGCUGAUGGAGCAGGAGGUUCCCAGUGCAACUGAAACUAAACUCAAGGGAUUAAUAGAAAGUAUUCAAAAGCUUGAACAUGGAGUGAACUUUGAAAGGUCCAUUGAAAAACUUGAGGCACGAGUUAAAAUAUUGUCUAAAAGAGCAGAAGCUGCUAUUGACUAUGUGACAAAGCUGCAAAAAAAGAAUGCAGCGCCCACUCCGGUCAGAACAAAUUCAGAAGAAAGAGACAUGGAAGCUGUUUCACAGAAUGCAACCAAGAACGGAGGGCUCUUUCAGAUGAUGGAAAUCACAAGACAGACACUUAAGAAGAUGCGUGCUGACAGUAAAGCUUUGAUGGCUGCCAUGGCAGAUUUAAAUGAGGAGCGGCGUCCUCCAACUCCUAACAGCCCAUUGGAGUAUGAGGAAACCACGAGAAGAGGAGUAAAGAGGACGCAUGAAGCUGCCACGACUGAUUCAAAUGAGGAGAGGCUGCCUCCAGUUCUGACUCCUCAACGGCCUUUUCAGCUUAAGCAUGAGUACACAGCUAAGCAAGAAAAAGAAAACAGUGAAGAAGAGUUUGAAGAGCCCAAGCGUCAAAAGGUGAAAACAGAAUGUGUCUCUUCUGUCGCCACGAGGAGUCCCAGUCACACUGACUCAGAGCAGAACGGACUCUCGUUACCUCCUCUUCCUUCUAGACCCUUCCCCUCCGUCCUGAACAUGGAAGCGGCCUCGUAUAGCAUCCCUCAGAAACUUGAAGUAAAUCUGGCCCUCAUCAGAAACCCCAGCGGCCUCUCUAUCCUCUGGAAAGUGGUGGAGGAAGACCCAUCUGCUCCACCCAUGGACAGUUACACGAUCUUCCUAACUAUGGAAAAGGUUAAGGGCAGUGGCGCUUUCCCAGACUGGAGUAUCCUCGGUGAGGUGAAGGCCUUGAAUUUGCCCAUGUGUGUGCUGGUCAGAAAGUAUAAGCCUGGCCACAGGGUGUGUGCGGCUGUGGUGGGCAAAGAUGUAUUUGGCCGGUAUGGACCUUAUAGUGCAGUCGCUACUUCAGUCAUACCCGAGUAGUCGGGAAGAGGGCAUGGAGCCGCCUAUUUAAAUUUCCAGGUACUCACUCUUGAGUUUGUGCUGGACAGCAUGGACAGUCCUUGUGCUGAUGUUGUUUCGGGGCCAGUGUUUUGCUCACAUAGUUUUUAAGUACCAUAAACCUUAAUGGUCACAUAAAGCUAAAGAAGCUGCACUUUGUAACUUGUGCCUUUCAUCAAUAUUUUCGGUUCAGAUGGAAAACGGUGAACUUUUAUGUUCUUCUUUCUUUGUCUGCCUUCAGAUUGUUAAGGACAGUGUUGCAUAUCACUAAGGUCACUAUGAUUCAAUUGUUGCAUUAUUAUUAUUGUUAUUGUUGUUAAUAAAAUGUUAUUGUG